AUGUUGGGUAUACCGUCUGGACCGGUCGCUUUGUUCCAUGGUAGUCGCUUGAUUAUGAGCUGUACUUCUCCUAGCGAUAAUGGUUGGACUCUGGACUUGGCUGUCGAGUGUAGAGUUCGUAUUGAACCAGUGACCCGCUCGUUUGUGGAUGGAGUUCCUUCCGGACAGGCGAAGUGGGCUACUAAGUUUGCGGCGAAAAGUUCUUCUUUGCCAGGAGCGUCAAAGACCGGGCUUUGUGGAUUAUUUAGCGGGCGGUCAGGAGGUCUUCUGUUUAUCAGAGAUUUGUUAAAUUUAUAG